AUGGCGGCGUGGAGAUGGCCCGCCCGGUCGGCCCCCACAUGCGGCUAUCCGAGGAAAACCACCGACAACUCAAAACAGACCAAACCAGCCGUCGUGCAAAAGACGGCCUCUCCCGAGUUCGAGGCCUUUUACCUGCAGCAGGCCACCAAGGAAUUCGCCGAGGACCUGGACAAGAUUAGAGCCGCCGACGACUUCAAGAACGACGCCGUGCCCAUGCUGGUGCAUGCGCUGAAGCAGGGCGCCACCAUGUUCGCUCCAGCCGAGCAGGCCCGCAUCGUCGAGGGGACGAGCGGUCGAUGA